AUGCGUGAAAUCAUCAACAUCAGUGCUUCUCAUCGAACUAACCAUGUUCUAACCCAGUUCUACAACGGCCAAGAACAGCUUCUUCAAGAUGACAACGCCAACAAUGAGACCGGCGUGUUUCUGAACCCAGUGGUCGAUAAAAUCAGUAAAACUGUGUCAUACUCGCCAAGAGCGCUGUUGUGGGAUGCCAGAAACGGUGUAGGAUCGCUAGGACUGCACGAAUACGAAACUAGCCACGAUUACUAUUUCGACCCAAACCGUAAGCCUGAAGAAGCUACCCAAGACGGCGUUCAAGUCAUCCAAACCCACCAGAGAAUACCAAAGUCUGAGUUCCAAACGGCAAUCGAUUCCAGCGGCAUCUUGCCAGAACUGAACGACACCAACACCAAAUAUUGGUCCGACUACAGUAAACUGGUGUUUGGAUCAUCAAAUCUGAACACUUUGAAGGAUUGGUAUCACAACGUGGACGAUCCAUCGCUGCCGGACUUCCAAGACCAACAUCAAGCGUACUUCAACAGCUACGAGGUCGGCUACAACGAAUUCAAGAGCCAAUACAGCGCGGAUUUUAUUGACGAGAAACUACACUGGCAACUAGAAGCCUGCGAUGGCCUCCAGGGCAUCAAUCUUCUUUCCGAGCUGGACAACGGCUGGGGCGGGUUUUCGUCCAGCUUGCUGCUAGAAGUGCGGGACGAACUUCCCAAGACCGACAUCUUAACGUGGGGGUUCAACAAAGACGACGCUUUGUCCUUGGAGAAGCCCGUUCGUUCGUCCAAGACCAAUUUCGACCUCAUUUGCAAUAAGAUUCGUUCCACCAUCAGUCUUGUGCGCGACUCGCAGCUGUUCUUCCCCAUGUAUUCAGACCCGCAGCAGUCAAUGUGGAGGUCUGCUGGCGCUGCAACCUUGCUUUUCGACGCUGUCAACGCCGUUUCGUCCAAUCGUGUUGCUGAAGACUGUGUCUCGCUCGGCCAGAUUGCCGGGAUGCUAACGCAGGGAGAAACACGGCGAAACGUCGUCUCUCAGCUCAAUGCCAACGGCAUCGAUUUCUCGUUCUACUCACACGUUCCAAAGCUCAAGACGACCGGGGACGAGCUUUACAACCAGCUAACCAUUUCGAGAGAUCCAAAAUACGUCUCUAGCGAACCGUGGAUGUUGAAGGCCUACGAGUGGCAGCCCUCAGAUACGAUACCCGUGGACUACCGACUAAACACCACUUACAUGACAAACCUGGCCGUCACGGAAAAGCCCAGAGACGUCUUCAAGAGUUGGUUUGACUUGGUUUCGCGAUACUUCCGCUACGAUUCCGACCGUGAAGAACUGAAAGAAGAAUUGGGCACUCUGGCGAGCGAGUACGAACACGGAUGGUACGACGACGAUGAAUCUGGAGACGACUACUGA